GGCACCCUGGGCAUGGCUGUGAACAAGACCAGUGACUGUUUUCUGAUGAACAGAGUACUGGAAAAGUAUUAUCUCUCCACCAUGUACAGCCUUGAGUUCAUUUUAGGUGCCAUUGGAAACACCAUUGUGGUGUUUGGCUAUAUUUUCUGCCUGAAAAAAUGGAAAAGCGGCAACAUCUACCUGUUCAAUCUAUCCAUAUCAGAUUUGCUAUUUCUGUGCACUCUGCCAAUACUGGUGAACAGCUACUCCAACGACCAGUGGGCAAAGGAGAGCAUCCUGUGCCACAGCAACAGAUUCCUGCUGCAUGCCAACCUGUACAGCAGCAUCCUCUUCCUCACCGCUAUCAGCGUUGACCGGUACCUGCUCAUGAAGCACCCCUUCAGGGACCACAGCCUACAGAAGAGGAGAACAGCUGUUAUGGUGUGCGUUGCCAUAUGGAUUGGGGUGAUCCUGGAGCUGCUGCCACUGUUGCAUUUCCUGGAGACUCUAACACCUGCCAAUAAUGAUGAGUGUCUUGAUUACGCGAGCUCCGGAGAGCCCGAGAAAAACCUCGUCUACAGCAUGUUCCUGACGGUCUUUGGUUUCCUCAUUCCUCUCUUGACCAUGUGCUGCUUCUACGUGAAGAUGGUUCGUUUUCUGAAAAACAGGAGCGAGCAGGUCCGUUCUGCCCUGACCCUGGAGAAGCCCCUGAGCCUGGUGAUCCUCACCGUGGUCAUCUUCUCCCUGCUCUUUACUCCCUACCACGUCAUGCGCAACGUCCGGAUCGCCUCCCGAAUCCCGGCCUUGAACGUCUCCCAGUGCACGCAGGGAAUCAUCAGCACCGUUUACAUCAUCACAAAACCCUUUGCCUUUCUGAAUAGUGCCAUUAAUCCCGUUUUUUAUUUCCUGAUGGGUGACCACUUCAGAGAGAUGCUGAUGGCCAAAACAAGACAGCUCCUGGGCAGGCUGACAGCCACUGGGAAGUGAAUGAGUAAGCAGACCCCUUGGAGUGGGAGAGGUCUGGGAGGAAACGCUCUUAGGGAGAGCAUUCAGCAAUGUGCCAUGUUUUUAGAUAACUUUAUUUAUGCAAUAGAAUAGGUAUGAGCUGGUUGUGUUCCUCUAAAUGUGCCUGUUACCUUAUUGUACAGGAGACUUCUGCUGAGCUGAGGGAUGCUCUGCUCGCUCCCAGCAGGACAGCAGGACCCUGCCCUCAGUGGGAUAGCCCAGAGCCCAUUAAUACUGCCAUCAGGUCAACUCUCUGAGGGCAAACACGCUGCUCUCAGAGAGCUGCUUUGUGAGCCAUAACGUGGGCCUGGGCUGGGGCAAAACGUGCCUUCGUGUGUCACAGGCUCAUGUGUCACAGGCUGUCACAGGACAGCCAGGCACGCUCGCAGGGGCACUCACACUGCCACUUCUCAGGGUAUGGAGCUACCUAUCUUCAAUAUAGCUGUCUAUAAGUGCCCGUGGAAUCUAUAGCCUGAAGCAGAAUUUAGAGCUCAGAGCUGACAGUUCAUUAGCAGCUCUACUAAUGAACCAGGAGCUAAUGAGAGCCAGUCCCUGCCUGCUCCCUGCAGGAUCGAUCAGCAGCACAAGUUACUCUGCCAUGGACUGGCCCGGCUUCAAACAGACAAGGGAAAGAUCGAUGGAGCACUGAGCUCACGUGAGCUUGGGCUGGCCCGGGGCUGCUGGAGGGAGUGGGCAGGCUGUGGGCAGCCCCCUCCCCUGCCUGCACUCCUGCAGGGGGUCCCCAGCCCCAGGGACCCCCUGCUCCCCAGCACAGGGGAUGGCUCGGGUCUCACCCAGCUCAGCCUGGGCUCUGCUCUCUGAUGUGUCAGUCACCUGCAAUGUGCUUUGCUGUGCUGG